CCAGACAGCAGCAGUCAUCUCGCCUCCUUUGCCACUGCAGGUGCUGAAAGGAAGAGCAGACUCGGCCAAUCAGCUUCCAGACAGAGAGACCAAGAGACAAGCUCGCCAGCUCAGCAACCAGACAUGGCUCCAUGGGGUGACACCAAGCUCUUCUUCUGCAUCCUUUUCAUCACCUGCUGCUACUGCUGCAUGGUGACAUUUGCAGAGAUACCAAUGGACUGCUGCCUGAGUGUCGCAAACAAAACCAUUGACAAACCCAAGGUUGCAGACUACCGCCGACAGAUCAAGGGACAGGGCUGCCUUAUUGAUGCCAUGAUUUUUGUGACCAGACUUAAGAGAAAACUCUGUGUGCCCUCUGAUGAGCCAUGGGUCCAUGAGGUGGUGAAGCACGUGGACCGCCUGAAGAAGUUCUGCAAGAAGCAUAACUACAGGCCCGACCGCUGCAAUGGACUGAAUUAUGAGUAAACUGAGAGUGAUCUGUGACCUUCUCAGCCACAGCAACAACAGAGCCGGAGUGGACCAUUUACCAAGCAGACGGGGUGGAUCAAACCAAUAAAUACAUUUAUAAUAAUAGUGACUCCUCCUAUGACUAAACUAUGACUAUAUUCUAUUAAAAUUAUGUUUGGGUUGUGAUGAAAAUAAAACAUUUUUGAAGGAUUUUUAUAUUUUUGUGGCAUUUUUGUUUUACAAGAUGAUGAAUUGUGGGAGAUAUAUAAAAGUAUAAAAUGUGAAAGUUUGUCAGAGUGUGUAGCUCACUAAGAUAUCUCUGAGCACUGAACUACUCAGGCAGCACCUUUUUUAUGUUGUGUGGAUUUCUUUGAUCAUUGACCAUUUUCAAAAUAAAGCCUUGUUUUUCCAGA